AUGUGCGCUAGGGGAAUAUAUGAAGCUGUAUUAGCUGGAGUGCGGCUGCAGUGCCAACAGCACCAGCAGCCGUGGCCAUCAUCACCUUCGCUGUCGUUGUCGAGGUCGAGUGGCAGUAGCGACACCGAAUCAAUGUUUGUCGCUGCCGCCGUCAUUAGUUGGGUCGGAAAUAUCCUGCUCGGCGAGCGACCCGGGCCCUCAAGAGGGUGCCCGUGCUCCGCCGCCUUCGCUGCGGCUGUCGCGGCUGCAGCGGCGAAGCCGGCUACAACGGUAUCUCUCGCGACGCCGGCGCCGAUGUGAAUGUAGAGUGUGCGGGGCAUGCCACACUUAAAAAUAUUAUAUUUAAUUAAACUUUACUUACCAUUUCUUAUUUUAUUCAUUUGAAGCACAUGCUUCACACUCAUCCGGGGGAAAGUGGUCAUAGACGGCCAUUGGACAAUUUACACAAAAAAAAAAGUUUUCCUCACUGAUAACUGCUAAAAUAUUAUUGUUUAUGCUAAAAUCUAUGAUAAAAUGUUCUGGCAAAUAAUCAGGCACUGGAUAGUAGCACCCAGGACAAAGUUCCCGUUUAAUGAAAUGGGUUUCACCCCAUGGCCAUAUUUGUCCGUUUUCGAACAUUUCUAUAAAGUCAUCUACACUUAAAAAUCUGUCUACGUCCAUAAAAAUGUCAUCCAUUAUAUAAAACUUAAACCAGAUCACUUAAUCAAAAAGCGCUACCUAAUUAAUAUAAACUACGAUACUUAAUAUAUCACUAAAUCAAAGAGCACUAUCUACUGAAAACACUAAAACUACACAAAGAACAUUGAAAGGGUAACUAUGACCUUUCAGAGCAAAACCUUACGAAAUACUGACAAUAUUGACCAAACAUUUUUAAUAUUUCUGUUACAAAAGUUAUUCUUCUGUUCAAGGGUCAAUAAUAUAUGAAAUUUAUUAGUUGCACUUCAAGUGAUUAGGAAACCACUUUUCACCACCUUAAGAAGUUUGUACUCGAAACAAUAAAAUCUGAUAAGUUCGAAUUCUAAAAUUAAUUUGUUAUGUGUGAAUGAAUAUACGAUAACUUUUUAUAGGAAAGUAAAGGAGUUGUUGAAAAAGUUUGCCACAACAAUUCCAGAAUACUAUUUCAUAAUAUUAGGCAUGCCAUACACAUUUACACAAUAUGGUUUAUUUAUUUAUUUUAUUGAAUUUAAACUACAAGUAGGUGACAUAAUACCAUUGACAUUCUUUACAAGGAAAUAAGUGAGUUGCGUAAGCAGAAAAGAAUAUACUAAUAAAUAAUGUUAUGCUCCGAAAAAGAUAGUUAAAGAAUAUUUUUUCUCAGGGAUAUUGGCCGAACAGAUGUCUUAUUUUUUAUAUUACAAUAAUAAACCAUACUAAAGUUAUCCGGUAACGCAAAGUUUUCACUGCAUAUUUUUUGCGAUGUCUAGUAUUUUAUGAUGGUUUUUACAACAG